AUGUCUUUCACACGUUUUCUUGAUCUGCCGUUGGAGAUACGUCAGAAAAUCUGGGACGAAGCCUCUAGUAUCCCACGAGUUAUCGAUAUCAGUCCAAGGCCGGCCUUCUCGUUGUCUAUCAGCUUGGCAUUCUUCGAAGAAUUCAGACGUGCCCCCGUCGUCUUUCAGACAUACUGUCAACGUAUCCCUUCAAUCCUACACGUUCCGCGAGAAGCUCGCCGAAUUGGACUUGAGCACUAUGAGCUGGGGUUUGGUACUGAUUUCCGCGAUUCAGCGGACCCCGUGGCCCUUCUCAAAGCGGAUCCUAAAAUAUACAUAAACUGGGACAACGAUAUCAUCUGUUUGUUGCUUGAUCGAGAAAUAUAUUCGCUCCACGUCACCGAUCACACAACGUGGUCAGCAAUAAUAUCUGGAGAGCUUGAAAACCUUCCAAUCUCCCGCAUCGCUGUCAAUAUGGAUGAUCCACAAAGCAUGAGUGGAUUAAGAUUGAUGUCGCCGUCAGUCACAGGCGACAAGUUACGGGAGAUCAUCGUGUACUACGCAACAGAAGACUUUUCAGCCAAUUUACAACACGACUCCGGCAAGUUCACACAUAUCAAAAUCAGCAGUGUUGAGGAACUUCCAGAUGAGUAG